CCUCUCACCUGCCACCUCAAAAGAACAUUAACCCCUCACCUGCCACCUCACAGGAGCCUGCCGCCUCAGAGGAGCAUUAACCCCUCACCUGGCACCUCAAAAGAACAUUAACGCCUCGCCUGCCGCCUCAGAGGAGCAUAAACCCCUCGCCUGCCGCCUCAGAUGAGCAUUAACCCCUCGCCUGCCGCCUCAGGAGCAUUAACCCCUCGCCUGCCGCCUCAGAGGAGCAUUAACCCCUCGCCUUCCGCCUGCCAUCUCACAAGAGUGUUAACCCAUUACUGGCCUGAUCUGAAUGAUAACAAUGAUUGGUAUUUUUCCCGCCAUGUUCCCGAGCAAAGAACUAAUGGAAGAAAAUACAUUUUUCUUACAUUUUCCUUCUAAAAUCUUUCUCCGUUCACUGCAGUUCAUCAGCCACUAGAUGGCGGCAGAGCGGCACGACGACUGCCUCACGUGGCCUGUAGGUGUCACUGCUGGGAGCUCGGCGCAGGUGGAUCCGUGGCCACAUACAAUCCGUUGCGUGUGCCACGUGUGGCCGCAUCCUAGUGUGUACGGCGCAAGAACUGCGGCAAAUCUGCGCCCCAUUGUUCCCAAUAGGAUUUGCGUUGCCAUAGAUACGGCUGUGGAUUUCUUCUGCGUGGAUCUGCAGUCCGCAUUACGACGCGUUCACCUCACGCUUUUAACGCAGAUUCAGUGGAAAAUAUUUUUUUCCGCAUACGCCACCACCGGCCGUAGCCUAGUGCCGCGUUCACACGGGGAAGCACAUAUCGGCCGACCCUUAGAUUUCUGCCGCGGGUUUGCUUUUCGUCAUGGCGAGGGUUAGCCGCACGCAAACUGCGCCGAAAAUGCGCUAAAAUACACGUGUUUAGAUGCCAUGAGUGACAUGCAGCAUGGCCGCCGGUUGGUGAUUGGCGGCAGGUUACAAUCAGAUUGGACAGACUUCAGGGUUUGCCGGAUUAUCGGAUUACCGGCGGUGAGUGUCCAUUACCAUGUCAAUGUCGCCUCGCUGUUCCCAGGAGGGGGGGCGAUGGCAGAAGGAGGGAGUCGCGAGGCGCUGGCUGAAUGGGUUUGUGGGUCAUGACAGGACGUGAGGAAUUGUUGCGCCUCGCUCCCCCCAUGGACGCCCCUCAUUAGCAUGCGGCUGGCAGAGGCAGCGAGGAGGCAGAGGAGGCGCAGCUCUGCAGCUCAUCGCCACUAGAAUGCUCUCAGGGGCCGGACGCACUCUCAUCCUCCUCAUCAUCUCCGCAGUAGUCACCGCCGCACGUAAAGAUGUUCCGGACAGUCUGCCCCGGGGCCCCUCCAGAGAGGUGGGGGGCCGUCCUGGCAGGGCCCCCGCGGUGAGGCACCCCGACCAGCCUCACAUCUCGGGCGAUGGGAAGAAGACUGUGAAGACGAAGCUGACGCUGGACAAUAACACGGGACUGAGGAAGACGGACGGUCACCACGGCAACAGCCUCCCGGUGAACGCCCGGAAUGGGCGACCCGCAGCAAACCAGUAUGGCGGCUCAGGGAAGGCCGUGGAGGACAGGAACCAGCCGGGCCCCAUCCUCGCCGCGCCUCAUACUUACCCCAAAGGGGCGCCAGACUACGAGAGCAACCGGCCGCGGAAAACGGAUCCAAGAGCCGCCGAGGCGACCCAGAACUCCAGCAGAGCGGCCACCAACCGGCAUCCGGCAAGUCUCCUCCACCACGUCAGCGUCUUCAGGAGAGAGCCUGACGGUAAAGACUGUGUGACGGACUGCCACAGGGCACGGGACGAGCGGGAGGCCUAUUGUCACAGCGACUUUGCCGUGAACGGGAUCGUCCAUGACGUGGACGCCGUCGGCGGAGGCGUCCAGCUCCUCAGCGUCCUGGUGAACAGCGGCGGCUUCUACAAGAUGAACCGUCUCUACAUCACACCGGACGACGUCUUCUUCAGGGUCACCGUCCUGGUGGUGGACGCCCCGCACUGUCCGCAGCCCUGUCUGCACCUCCAGCUGGGCGGCCGUUACAUUAUAAUGGGGCAGAUCUACCAUAAGAGGAUGGAGUUGCCGUCGUUGGUGCAGCGGGCGGUCAGCGGCCGGUUACGAGCUGGAGACGGGCUGGUGACGAGCGGCAGGAGCUUCAUCAGGAGGUUUAACCGGAAGAAGGAGCGCAAGGUCCUGGCGGCCACACAUGCUAAAUGUAAAUGACGUAAGGUGACGAGUACAUACAAUAUGGCGCCAUUCCUGUCAUUAAAGCUGAAUCCCGAGACAUCAGUAACGUUCUCCGACUCUCACAGACUAGCAGGGCGGACGAUGGGGGUUAGAAUCCAUGUGGAGAGCCCUGAGACAUGACCGCUCUCUGCAGAUCCUGAGUGGCAGGAGACGUAUCUAAGCCUGUAAAGAAUGGCGAGAUCUAUAGGGUCGGCCACAUUCUGGAGCGGAUACUGACGAGCCGCCACUCACACUCCUAUCAUCCACACGCAUGUAGUGCACCACGCUGCGGUUAGACCUCCUCCUAAUGUACAUCAUGUCAGGCGCCAUCUGUCUCCUCCCCUCAUUAGCAUAGACCACGCCCCACAUUACAGCUUUCAGUUGACAUUGUACAUACUGUCAGACGCCAUCUUGGAUCAGGCACCACCACGUGUCAAGUACCAGACUACCUGUCGGACGCCAUCUUGGAUCAGGAACCACCACGUGUCAAGUACCAGACUACCUGUCGGACGCCAUCUUGGAUCAGGAACCACCACGUGUCAAGU